GGGGCUCAUUUCCAUAGCGCCUGACAUCAGAGCACCUUUUGUUGCUAAACGCUUUCUUGAGCCUGGAGGGGAGGGAGUCAUGUGGAGUUGGAAGAGCUCAUUCUGAAGAGAGGGGUCCGGGACUGGCUAGCCCGUGUUCACAGGCGCCACCGUCCACUGUCCGGCCCCGCGCAGACUCUCCAGUAGAGGCGAGUCGCGUGCCGCCCGGAGCCGGUCCCCAUCGCAGGACACAGAUCCUGUGCAGUGGGGGCUCGUAGCUCCCUCGCCCUUCAAACUCCCCGCCGCAGCCAGUGGUGCCGACUCUGCUCCAGCUACCCUGUUGCUGCGCCCCGCCCGGCUAGGAAAAGUUUCUGGAGUUGUCAAUCGCGGUCGCCGCGAAUCGAGGUGCAGAGUCCUGGCAGUGGGGCUCGUACCCGGCGCUGCCUCGGGCAUGCGACGCGGGGGCGCGGCCUGGUGACGCCGCGGGCGGGGACCUUGCGCCCCGGCGGCCGACGUGCGGCUGUGGGCCGUGGGUAUCGCGGGGAACCGGGCGCACGGGGACGCGGUCAUGGAGGAGGACGCGGGAGCUGCUGGCCCGGCGCCGGAGCCGGAGCCCGAGCCCGAGGUGGAAGCCGCGCAGGAACCUGAGCCGGAGGCCGGCACCUCCGAGGCUUUCUCCCGCCUCUGGACCGACGUGAUGGGCAUCCUGGAUGGUUCCCUGGGAAACAUUGACGACCUGGCGCAGCAGUAUGCGGAUUAUUACAAUACCUGCUUCUCGGAUGUUUGUGAGCGGAUGGAGGAGCUUCGGAAACGGCGAGUUUCCCAGGACCUCGAUGUGGAGAAACCCAACGCCAGCCCCACGUCACUUCAGCUGCGGUCCCAGCUCGAAGAGUCCCUUGGCUUCUGCAGUGCCGUGUCAACCCCAGAAGUGGAAAGAAAGUACCCUCUUCAUAAGUCAAACUCGGAAGACGGCUGCGUAGGAAAAGGAGAUUGGAAGAAGAAAAAUAAGUACUUCUGGCAGAAUUUUCGAAAGAACCAGAAAGGAAUAAUGAGACAGACCUCAAAAGGAGAAGACGUGGGCUAUGUGGCCAGUGAGAUAACAAUGAGCGACGAGGAGCGGAUCCAGCUAAUGAUGAUGGUCAAAGAAAAGAUGAUCACCAUUGAAGAAGCGCUUGCUAGGCUGAAGGAGUACGAGGCCCAGCACCGGCAGUCAGCUGCCUUGGACCCAGCAGACUGGCCUGAUGGCUCCUACCCGACACUGGACGGCUCAUCCACCUGCAACUCAAGAGAACAAUCGGAUGAUGAGUCGGAGGAGUCGGUGAAGUUUAAGAGGUUACACAAGCUGGUAAACUCUACCCGAAGAGUCAGGAAGAAACUGAUCAGGGUGGAAGAAAUGAAAAAGCCCAGCACUGAAGGUGGAGAGGAACAUGUGUUUGAGAGUCCGCCCGUCCCGGACGAGAGGUCUGCACUCUACUCUGGAGUGCACAAAAAGCCAUUUUUCUAUGAUGGCUCCUCUGAGAAACCUCCCGAAGAUGAUUCAGAGUCUCUCACCCCGUCUCCAUCGUCUAGCAGCCUGGAUACUUGGGGAGCUGGCCGGAAGUUGGUCAAAACAUUCAGCAAAGGAGAAAGUCGGAGCCUGAUUAAGCCCCCUAAGAAGAUGGGGACAUUCUUCUCCUAUCCAGAAGAAGAGAAGGCCCAGAAAGUGUCCCGCUCCCUCACAGAGGGGGAAAUGAAGAAAGGUCUUGGGUCCUUGAGUCAUGGGAGAACUUGCAGUUUCGGUGGAUUUGACCUGACGAAUCGUUCUCUGCAUGUUGGCAGUAAUAACUCUGACCCUAUGGGUAAAGAGGGAGAUUUUGUGUACAAAGAGGUAAUCAAAUCGCCCACUGCCUCCCGCAUCUCUCUUGGGAAAAAGGUGAAAUCGGUGAAAGAUACAAUGAGGAAGAGGAUGUCUAAGAAAUACAGCAGCCCCGUCUCCGAGCAGAACUCGGGACUUGAUGGAAUGCCCGGCUCCCCUGCCUCAGUAAAGCCUGAUUCUGAACACGUGGACAAACCCAAGCUCAAAGCCGGGGGCUCUGUAGAAAGCCUUCGGAGUUCUCUGAGUGGCCAAAGCUCAAUGAGUGGUCAGACCGUGAGUACCACCGAUUCCUCCACCAGCAACAGGGAAAGCGUCAAGUCAGAAGAUGGUGAUGACGAAGAGCCUCCCUACCGGGGUCCCUUCUGUGGCCGUGCCCGAGUGCACACUGACUUCACCCCCAGUCCUUAUGACACAGACUCUCUGAAGCUCAAGAAAGGAGACAUCAUUGAUAUAAUCAGCAAGCCACCCAUGGGCACCUGGAUGGGCCUCUUGAACAACAAAGUCGGCACGUUCAAGUUCAUCUACGUGGAUGUGCUGAACGAGGAAGAGGAGAAGCCCAAGCGUCCUGCCAGGAGAAAGAGGAAGGGAAGACCACCCCAGCCGAAGUCUGUGGAGGAUCUCCUGGAUCGGAUCAACCUCAAAGAACACAUGCCCACUUUCUUGUUCAAUGGCUAUGAGGACCUGGACACCUUCAAGCUCCUGGAGGAAGAAGACUUAGAUGAAUUAAAUAUCAGGGACCCAGAACACAGAGCAGUGCUCUUGACGGCAGUGGAGCUGUUACAGGAAUAUGACAGUAACAGCGACCAGUCUGGGUCUCAGGAGAAGCUGCUGGUGGACAGCCGAGGCCUGAGCGGAUGUUCCCCACGAGACUCCGGGUGCUACGAAAGCAGCGAGCACUUGGAAAAUGGCAAAACUCAAAAACCCAGCGUGCUGUCUACCAAGUCGUCCACUGAGUCCAACUUAAAGUCUUUCAACAGGAGCCAGCCAGGCAAUUACCCGACAUUGCCCUUAACAAAAUCAGUGGAGGUGCGCCAGCAGGGAGAGGAGGGCAGGCUGGACCGAGGUCUAGCCCCGGACACUGCCAAGGGCGGUGAUGUGCCCUGUGGGACUGGUUCGAAUAAAAACCGAAGGAGCCUCCCUGUCUCCAUCUGUCGCAGCUGUGAAACCCUGGAGGGUCCUCAGUCUGUGGAAAGUUGGCCCCGGUCCCAUUCCCUGGAUGACCUUCAGGGAGACGCUGAUGCCGGCAAGGAUGUACCUACCAAGGUGCAGGAAGCCUGUCCUCAGAAUGUACCAGAAGUGCCACAAAAAACAUCUGCCUGUUCCUCUGAGGCUAUGCCCCGAGGCCAAGAUCCUACUGCGGAAGACGUGAUGCUUCUGACCCAAAGCAAGAGAUUUUCUGACCCCCCAAAAAUGAUGGCUAAGAAACUGGAUGGCCCCACAGUGACCUCUAAUCUUGGCAUAUCUCCUCCUCAGUGUGUUCCCAGAAAUUUCGAGGCUCAGCCUCCAGUUAAACCUGGCUUAAUAAGGACGUCUCUUGAGGGUCACAGAAAAGGACAUGACCACCACGCCUUGGGCACUAAAGAAGGGGUAGAUGGGGAACAGAGUGCCCCUGAGACCAGGACGCAGCCCAGACAUCCAUCGCAGCCCCCACCUGUGCCUGCCAAGAAGAGUCGAGAGCGCCUGGCCAAUGGCCUGCAUCUGGUCCCCAACCUGGAGGCGCCCACCCUGCCACUGAAGAAGGCCAGCCCUGCGAGUCCCGUCAGCCCCUGUGACUGCCCCUCUCCCCGGGAGCCCAGGCCUCCCUUGGGGACUGAGCCAGGCAGCCCAACCUGCGCGAGACCUCCGCCCUGGCUGGCAGAGCUGCCCGAGAGCACCAGCCUGCAAGAGCAUGGUGUGAAGCUGGGCCCAGCGCUGAGCAGGAAGGUUUCCUGCGUCCGGGGCGUGGACCUGGAGAUGCUCACAGAGAACAAGCUGCAAGCUGAGGGCAUCGAUCUCACCGAGGAGCCCUACUCUGAUAAGCAUGGCCGCUGUGGGAUCCCUGAAGCUCUGGUGCAGAGAUAUGCCGAAGACUUAGAUCAGCCUGAGAGGGACGUAGCCACCAAUAUGGACCAAAUCCGGGUGAAGUUGCUUCGGAAGCAGCAUCGUAUGGCGAUCCCAAGUGGUGGGCUGACGGAAAUCUGCAGAAAGCCCCUCUCUCCUGGAUGUGUUGCCUCUGUGUCGGAUUGGCUCAUUUCCAUUGGCCUGCCCAUGUACACCAGCACCCUUUCUGACGCAGGGUUCAGCAUGCUGAGCCAAGUGCCUUCCCUGUCCCCCACUUGCCUUCAGGAGGCCGGCAUCACAGAGGAGAGACACAUAAGGAAGCUCAUAUCUGCAGCCAGACUCUUCAAACUGCCACCAAGCCCUGAGGCCAUGUAGCCAGGCCUGCCAUGGCCCUCCCUGGACAAGAGCCAGCCUUCCACUGUGCUUACGAAGCUGAUACAAUCCCUCUAAAUAAAUCUGCUGGGGUUGACCUGAUCCAGAAGGAAAGUCCCCACGUGGGGCUCCCAGAUCAGGAUUGGUACUAGAACCGAGGAAAAAGUACCCCUCCACCCCAAGGAAAUCGGUGUGGUUCUCUUCGAUCCCCAAAGGCAAGACAAGCACUUAGUUUUGUUUUCAGACACAGAAGAGCCAAGAUGCCAACUUAUUGCAAACACCGUGUGUCCAGUCUAUCUUUGUGCUGGCAGAGGGGCUAGAAGAGGGCAAGGCAGCCCGCUUGUGUCUGAUGGUGCCCUUGCCCAUCUGUCAGUCACCCCGCUGGAUGCCGGAGCCCGAUGGGCUGAGCGAGCUAGGCCAAAGCAACAGACUCUGGACUUACUGUACACUAUUGCCCAUACUCCUCUGUUCAGAAGUGAGAGCGGCUGACUGCAUCAAGAGCAGGACAGCCCUGCUCUCCUGUAGAUAAACAAGAGACAUUUUAAUUGCUUUCUAGCAAUUAGCUUUUGUUUGCCUUAAUAUAAACUUUUAAUCAGUUAUCUAUCUAGUGUCCGCAACCCUUAACCCUAGUUCCAGAUCUUCAGCUUAGACUGCCAUCUAACGUAUUGGGGGUGUUUUCAGCAAAAAUAGCCUUUUUUUUAACAGUCUCGUUCUAACGUGGUUUAUUUUAUAGGGGUGACUACCAUGCACACAUUUCAUGUUGACUUUUAGCUUUUAAACUAACCACGAUUUCAGUACAAGUCCAUCUGGGCUCACAGAGGGGCACGCAUGUUCACGUGAGCACAUGUGUAACGGCCCUUCAUCCCACUCUCUUUAGUGAGUACCCGUCAUGGUGGCGGCCACGGUGCCACAGCAUUUAUGUGGAAUCCCGGCCACGCCCAUUCCAAAACCCGGUCGGUCAUCAGCUAGUGGAUCACCUCGGCAGAAAGUCGUUGUCGUGUUGUGUAUUUCAGAAAGAGUUUUUUUUUUUCUUAAAAGGGAAGUAGUUAACAUGCAGUUUGUUGGUUUGUUGUUUGUUUUACUUUUUUUUUCCUUUUUGGCCAGUUCUACAAUUGUUUUUUAUCUCUCAGUUGUUACUUAGAUGAUUAUUUUAAUUCAAACAAAGGUUCAUCAUGGAGCCAGACAAGCCACAUUGGCUGUGUAGUAAACUCUGCAUAUUUUCAACUGUUCUUCCAGCUGUGAUUCGGCGUAAUCUCUCCUCUUCUUGUCUGAUGCCUGGUUUCCUAGCAAUCGGCAAACUUAGACAGAUGCCCAGGUGCCAUCGGUUUGCCAUGCGGUGUUUUUCCUUCACUUUCUCAAGCAUUAUGUGGAGGCUCAAGUCCUCACAGAGGCGCUUUGAACACAAGGCCUGCAUCAAAAGUCCUCUGAUAGUUCACUAGGUUAUUAAAACACGAUUUCCCUCAGGAGAGGAGGGCAAGGGGUUUUCUUAAUAACAAAGCCAUCCCGACCGUAGGCUUCAAAUGGCUGAACCCCUGGCUCUGAGGAAAGGGACAGUCUCAGGUGAUGUCUUUUUUAUUACAUUUUAUUUUAUUUUUCACACUUCGGUAUGCAUUUAAAAUAACACUGUUUCCUCAGUUCCACUCGCCUUCUAUAAGAUGCCGUGUGAAGAAGUCCAGACAAGUUAGACUAAAAAGGCAAAGCCCCCAGAUUCCUAUUGGACUCUUUAAAAAAAAGGCCUCUUGCCUGGCCUCCUGGGUUGUGGCCCAGCCCACCUCAUGGGUGGGGAUGCUGGGUUCUCAGCCAGCUACAGCAUCCGGGUUGUUUCACAUGCUGGUGUGGGACUGGUGUUCAGAAACAGGCGUCUCAUGCUUCUGAAGUAACCCUGGCCUGACGUCGUCACAAAUUCUGCUCACGAUUUUAGCUGAGUAAAGAGACAAGAAAAAGUCACGUUAGCGGUACCAAGGGAGAAUGAGAAAUCUUGUGAACUUCCAAGGUUUAGUCCAUUCUCCGUGUAGGGUUUUUUCUUUUCAGUCAAACUAGCACCAGAGGUCUUGAGAAUGCCAAACAAUAUUUUUAUCACUCUGGAACUCAUUGCCUUUGCAUGGAAAAUAAAUAAAUUCAGGGACCAUGAAUUUAGUGUGAAUGUCUGAAGGGGCUGAGGUGGUUCUCUCUCUCUCUCUCUCUCUCUCUCUCUCUCUCUCUCUCUCUCUCUCUCUCUCUCUCUCUCUCUCUCUCUCUCUCCCUGCCAAUAUAUCUGUAGUGUUUGUUUGGUUUUCCUUUGUUUUUAACAGUUCAUUUGAUUUGAAUAAAGCCUGAAUGUUGGUGUGUGGCCCGGGGCUGUCCCUGCAGCUGUUGGUGGCCAGGUGGCAGGCUUUAGCAAUAUCCAGUUUUGAUCAGUUGCAUUUGGUACAGAAUUUUGAGUGACGGUGAACCUUGUUGUCUUUGGAAAGCACAAAAGAAAGCUGGAAAGGCAUUUCGGCUCAGGUAGCUACCCAGAAUGUGUGUGAUUUGUGCGUCUCAGCUGUCCGCAGAGAAAGCAGCUGCCCAAACUUCUAUCUACAUUCCCAGAUGAUGAGAGCAAAUAGCUUUUCAUGGCCUUGCAUCUUUGGGGGCCCUUUUCUCUGUCCUGACCCCAGGUGUGGAUGAAAUUGGAAAUGAUUCCUCUGUGAGAAGUGUAUCCCCGACACAGCCUAGUGUGUUCCACAGCUGCAGUGGAGCUGAGGCCGAUUCCCAAGUCGCUGCUGUGUGCGGGCUGAGAGUGAGGUUCCAGAAAAGUCUAACUGUCUUGCGUCCAAGUUAUCUUGAUUUUUAAAUUGAUAGAAAAGAAACACAAACUGUCAAGCAAGUUAUAUGACAACUAACAACAUUGCACUUUCUGUAUAUGAAAUCAAUAUUUAAAUAACUUAUUUUUCUCCAUUGCUGUUCUUAAACCUUGUAAGUAGCUGUAAUAUACCAAUACCAAUACGGUCUUGCAAUUGCUUCAGCCCAAGAAAGCUGUGUAUUGUUUUAAAAUUUGUAAAAACAAAUUAUUGUGAUGAUCCAUUUAGAAGAGGAAAGGCGGACAGGAGGGUUUUCCUGCGCAUCGAAACUUGUCUAUAAUUAUGUCAUCUAUGUACUUAGGGGAAAAAGUAAAUAAAUUUCUUCAGUUGA